GUUCCUUUGCAAUGUCGUCGCGGAAAACCAAGCGACCUGACGUACAUGAGGAUUCCGCCGACUCUUUAUCUGACCUUGAAGAUUCCCCUCCGAAGAAAAAGCCAAGUAGUGACACGAAACAUACAAAGGCACAAACCUCGGCUAAUCACACUGUCAAUGCUGAUGGAGAUAAAAUGAUCGAUCUUACGGGAAAGAAGUUUGUUUGUGUGCGUCAGUUCAAGGGUCGUACAUUCGUCGACAUUCGCGAAUAUUAUGAAGAUAAAUCGAGCGGUGAUCUAAAGCCUGGUAAAAAAGGUAUCUCGCUGAACGUGGAACAAUGGGAUAACUUGAAACAGGUUGUAGACGAGAUUGACAAAGAAAUUGUCAAUUCCCAUCGAUAGUUUAUACGGCAUUCGCGUUCUAUUUUUGUGAAUAAAGCUAUUCUGUGUCUCA